GUGCUCAUUAGGUCGAACGGGGACAAGGCCACACAUAUUGUCACUCCACUGCGCUAUGGAGCGUCGUUUUCUGCAUGCGUAGAAAUUCUCGCUGUUGUAUUUCUUCCCUCUUGCAAUCUACCCUGAUGUACAAUGAUAACCAACUUUAGGCUGGUUAAUUUACAUACUCGUGACUAUACAGAACCGGUCUUGUGACUGAGUGAAGACGACUCACGUGGACCUGACUGUUUCCUGUUCACACCUCACUAGAGCUGGCAUGACAGUGUAGGCGAGCCUCCUGAUGUGGAUAUUAGAACAGUGCAGGAGAGACCAGACUGACAGCAACACAAGCUUUGGCAGUCCUCCGAUUUAUAUCAUCAGCUGCGUUUCUCCGUCGAUUUGUUACAAUGAAGGCAAUAGUGCUUGCUGUAGUGUGUGUUGCUGUGUGCUUCAGCAUCCAGACAGGCGCACUGUCACCGUAUGGCCCGAGGAUGUUGGAGCUUCACAAGAGACGACUGUGGAACAGUGUCGAUGUUGCUGAUCUUCACAAGUAUAACCUCGACAAUGACCCUCAGGCCCGUCAUGGGUACCUGACUCAGCCCAUGGACCACUUUGACCCUCUGGUCGACAAGCACUUCAACCAGCUUUACUGGAUCGUUGACAAAUACUGGAAGUCACCCAGCCAUCCUGUCUUCUUGUACGAAGGGGAGGAAGCACCCUUGUCACUGGCGGAGGUUGCAAAUGGUCACCACGCUGAGAUGGCUAAAGCCCACGGCGCCCUUAUCCUUGGCCUUGAGCACCGUUUCUAUGGUAACAGCACCACUAAGGAAGGACUGUUACUGAGCGAAUUACAGUAUCUGUCAAGCCAGCAACAACUCGCCGAUUUGUCAGUGUUUCGCGUCUUCGCCGAGAAGAUGUUGGGCAUGUCUGGAGACAACACAUGGAUUGUGUUUGGAGGAUCUUACGCAGGCGCAUUGUCUGCUUGGUUCAGACUCAAGUACCCGCACUUGGUGUAUGGCUCUGUUGCGUCGUCUGCUCCAGUGCGCGCUCAGGCCAACUUCGAGGGGUACAAUGACGUGGUAGCCGCCAGCUUUGCAGAUCCGAUUGUCUUUGGUUCUACACAGUGCGUGGCUAGCAUCAAACAGGCCUUCGCUAAAAUGGAGCAAAUGUGGAAGGCUGGUCAACUCGCUCAAAUCCAAAAAGAUUUCAACACUUGCCAGGACUUGACGGAGCCCAACGACUUCAAGCUCUUCGCUGCCAUUCUCCAAGGAGGAUUCAUGCGCGUGGCACAAUAUAAUAGAGUGGAAGGCAAUGCGUCAAGUAUCGGCGAUAUGUGUCAACAGCUGAUGCUUCCAGAUCCCUAUCAAGCUCUGGCUGAUUUGUUCAGGACCAGCACUUGUGCGGAUGUGUCCUUUAAAGAUUUUCUCGAGCAACUGCAGGACACCACCUUUGAUCCUUAUUCGAUGGCUCGACAGUGGUAUUACCAGACCUGUACCCAGUUUGGAUAUUAUCAGACUUGUGACAACAAUACGACAUGUAUGUUCCUGCCCCAAGUCGAUUUGGACUUCUACUUCGCCUGGUGCAAGGGGGCUUACAACAUCCCAGCUGCCGACGUGGUGGAACAGGUGAACUUCACGAACGCUUACUACGGAGCAGACCAUCCCAGGGGAUCCAGGGUGGUCUUCGUUGACGGUACCAUCGAUCCGUGGCACGCCCUAAGCGUCUUAAAAGAUCUGCCAGAGGACCUCAAGUCCAUUUUCAUGAAGGGUACAUCUCAUUGCGAAGACAUGCCACCCAGUAACCCGAACGACACCCCCGCAUUGAAGGCGGGCAGACUGGCCAUUGAAAAGGUGGUCAGCGACUGGCUGAUGCAGGCAGCAAUGGAAAAGAAACGAAAGUAAAGGCUGCCUAAUCAAACAGAUGACAAAAUAGCGAGUUUUGUGCUAGGGUAUAGAGCACCCAGAAAUUGCUAGCAACAACAAAUGUCCUUUUAUGUUGUACUUUUAUGUUCAAGGUGACUAAUGCAGUUAUUCAUCUGCGUUUUCACGAAUCUCUGUAAAUAUUCCUUUUGCUAGCUUUGUAGACGAUGUUUUAAUUAACAUUUUAAUCCAUAGUGUUAAGUGUACAAAUUUAUACUGUUCUGUGGCUUUGGCCAUGUUAAAACUAAAGCCCAUGAUGUGAGUCGAUGAUGGCGAUCUUCAAACAAAAGAGGUCAUUUCUAAGCUACCGUAUUGAGCAGUACAAAUUGGAGAAUUCAGACCAAAGGGAAACCAGAAACUGUUAUUGAUUAGGCGACAGUGUCCAGUAAGGGACUUUGCUAAAGUUUAUGAUUUUGUAUACUGAAAUACUUGCUUCAUUUCCACACAUUUGGAGAGUACGUAUAGGCACAUCCUUACCCCAAUUUGGAAAAUGAAAUUUGGGUUGGCUUUUCUUGGCUUGGCUUGGUUUGGGUUGAUCAGGGUUGGUUUUGGGUUGGCAUGGUGAGGAUAGAGUCACGUAAAUGAGUAAGUUAAGUCUGUUAUUAUUGGUAGUGAAUAUUAUUGAGCAGCUCCACCUCCUCCCGUUAUAAAGACAAUUUUUUAAAGAUGAGCUCUCAGUCCAAACUGUUACGGUCAACGAAAUAUGACUCUUUAAUUCACAAAAUGAAGAAUACAUCUGGGCAACGGGCAAUCCAGUCCACCAUAGAAUCGACCUGUUGCAUCCGAGAGCAAAUGCCAGUGCUGCAUGUUAUGCAAGUGCAUUUGUAUGAACUGUGCAUGCGUCCUUUACACACCACGUUUGUUCUUGAAAUCGACCAAGAAACUUGAAAUCAUGCAUCAUUAUGCAACUUCGAAUCAUUAUUUGUCAUAAGCCCGAUUAUCUUACACACAUCUCCCAUGGUUUGCUUUUAAACUGAUUUUUUUUCAUUGAUGAGGCCAUAAUUAUAUAUUUUUUCUAACACAUUGUGGAUACAGCACACAUCAGAUUGCACCGUAAGUGCAUUCUCCUGCGUUUUAAGGCUCUGAUUUAUUAAAUCUAGAGGUCCAUAAACCAUAGAGGAAGGACACGGAAGGAGUUUGAACUGCACGGGUGUAACAUCUAGCCAAAUAUCGCUUUCUGGCAUGCCUGGUAAGUCCAUAGCCAGAGCGCAGCGAACGCUUGCUAUGCACAAUCUGUUUCACAACCUCGAAUCCCCUUUGUACCCUGUGAUCGUCGCCGCAAUUUGUCGCUGGUAAUCUACAUCCUUAAAACUUUGUGCACUGAGGUAUAGGAAAUUGAAUAUUUAUGUUUUGACGGUGCUUGCUAUGAUCUCAUGACAUCAAAUUUAAUGCUUGCGCAGUUGCUUGCAUUACGCCGUGUGUCCUAAAUCUAUAUGUGCAGUCAUUGCCCUUGAUUUUUCUGGAGCUAUUUUGGGAAUAACCAGCCCGGUUGUUUUAUACAAGAUUGUGUGUUUCGUUUGAAUCGUUUUUAUUAUGGCAUUUGUACAAGAGCGUAUUUUAUGAGAUUUCACGAUCACUCACUGUGAUGAAAUAGGACAUUUUGUUACUUAUGAACUUAGUUUUCCAAUACAAGUCAACAUUUUGUUGGCCAGUCUUA